AUGACCAAUUUUACAGGAGAGCAUACGUGGUUACAAAUACAGCACGAACUAAGCUUGAGGAACCUAAUAGAGGGUUCAGAGUACCAAGAGGAACUGAAGUACGACUUCAACAUAAGAGGGGAACUGAGGCAUCUGGAUACAAAUGAGUCCUUUGUUUUCAAUUAUUACAAGAAUGCACAUGAGCAGAAUCAUAAACGCUAUCAAGUUUUGGGACAUUUGAUUACCCAAUAUGUUUAUGAGCUCCUGGAAAGAGUCUGCAUGCUGCAGAAAGUUUAUAUUCCUACUGAUGCUACAGAGGAUGAACCGAGAAGUUUCUUUUUCAUGAGUGAGAAUGCACUAGCAAGUUCCUCUAGCCUAAUUGUCCUUCUUCAAGACCAUGGAGUGUUCCGUGCCGGACAGUGGGGGCAAAGGAUAAUUAUCAGUGAGGGCCUGGGGCAUGGAACACAAAUACCAUUCAUCAAAAUGGCCCUUCAAAACCAUGGGGGGGUUGUUGUACUGAAUCCCAAUGACAACUUUGUUGAUUUGAAGACUGAAAAGGAGAGGUUAAGCUUUUCUACCAGUCAAGAGGCACUGACUUCUACACAGUCUACCUGGUGGGUCCCCAAGAGGGGCAGCAGCAGCCCUGAGGAGCAUACCACGUACGUAUGGGAUCACUUCAUUUCAAAAAGUGCAGCCAAGAACGUGGCCUUCAUUGCCCAUGGCUAUGGUGGCUUGGUGUUUGUUGACCUGCUGGUGCAGCGAAAAGGGGAGGUAAUGAAUAAAGUGUUCUCUGUGGCAUUCAUUGACUCCACGCACAACGUGCCUCACCAGACUAGAAGUGAUCCACAAAUACAAGAAUGGAUACAGAAAUACUGCCGUGAAUGGGUGUCAAACAGUAAGCCUCUAGAUAAAGCUGUGGGUUCUGUAAUGAAAUUGAAUUGCCCUACUGUCUCUGCUGGGACGGAAAAGUAUGGUUUAGCCCCCUCCUGCUGCUUACAUUCCAUGUUCAAGUACCUGAAGAGCACACUGAAAGCCAAGACCGCAACAGCCUCUAGGCAAUCACCUGUUGCAACCAGAAGCAGAACAAGUAAGAAGUGAGGCAAUAAAUAAAGGUAUACUGAUUUGUUCUUGA